UGUGCGUGAGGGAGAGGCGGGGUGAGCGACGCGGGAGCUAGGCUGUGCUCUCUCGUGGUUGCGCGGCAGAGCAAUUGUCUCUGUUUUCUUGUUAUUUGUUCGCUGCGCUCCUCAGCCGUGUCCCGCUCCUCCCCUGCGCGCCUCACCCGGGCGGGGCGGGGUCUCCUCCCCCUCGAGGUGUCCGUGAAAGUCCCCUCGGGCACCAGGCAGCGGGAGGCAGCCGAUACCCAACGGUCCUGAGAGAGGUGUCCAGUUCUGAGGGAGGGAGCUUGCCCCUCGUUCUCCAGCCCCGGGCCAGCAUCAAGGCCCACAAACUGCAUCUUACUCCAGCCCGGGAUCCAUCGCCCACUCCAGCCAGUGACCCUACCCCCAUGCCAGAUCUGGAGCCCUCGGCUGGGUCAGCCCUGGAGCCCUUGCCAAUAUUAACCAGGGAGCCUCCACUGCCCCAGCUCAAGGAUGAACCGACCAGGACUGCAAUGAAGAGAGGCCUAUCCCGGAAGCCAGCAGCAAGGCUGGAGGCUGCCAGGAGCAAUAGAUGGGUGGCACUGGACCAAGAUGCCCACUUGUCACCCUAUGUGAGGCUGAAGAGGCUGCAGAUCUCAGAGGAGGAUGAAGAAAAGGAGGAGCUUUUCCCCACCCGAAGUGAGAGCUCAGGGGAGAAAGAGAAGCUGAACCUGGACUGGCAAGAGUUCAGAGAUGAGACAGCCCAACUGCAGGUGCUGGAGACUGCGCUGCCUGGCUCAGAGACCGCCACUGUCACGGAGAUCAUGGCCCCCAGGCUGCAAGGCAAAGCGGCCAGCAACACCCCCAGGCUGCAGGGCACAGCCAUCUGGCUGCAAGGCGGGGCAGCCAGCAGUCUCCCUGGGCUACAGGGUGGGGCCCCAGGGUUGCAGGACAGGGCGCAGAUCAGCACCCCCAGGUGGCAGAGUGCAGCUCCCAGACUGCGGAGUGUGGCACCUGGGACGCCAGGUCUGACAGAAACAGAUACUCUCAGGGUGCGGCGCGUUGCCCAAGGAACACCAGCGUUGGCGAUGUGGACAGAAACUGCAGCACUCAGGUCACCAGCCCCCAGACCCAAGAGCCCACGGAAGCUGAGCAAGCAUUUCCUUUUCUCCUCCACCUGCUGCAUCCUUCUUCCCUUCCUGCUCAUCUUGGGCUUCUCUGGUUGGUUCCUGUGGGAGCACAGCAGCCCCGUCUCUGUCCUGGGGUUGAUGGAGCAAUGGCAGCUGGGCUGGAGCCAUGUCGCCAGCCUGUGGAGAGAGCCAGAGGAGGAGUGCAGCUCACAGUGCAGUUUGGUGCUGGUGGAAAGCAUCCCUGUGGGCCUGGAUUACAACCUCUCUAGCCCCCGCCACCUCCCCAUUUUCCAGGCCUGGAUGGACCUGUUGGAUGCUGCCAACCGCUCUGUGGACAUUGCAGCUUUCUACUUCACUCUCCGGGACUCAGACACGCAGGAGGAAGAACCCUCAUCCUGGCAGGGCAGGCAGGUGUUGGAGAAGCUGCAGGACCUGCCCUCUCGGGGGGUGAAGCUCAACAUUGCUGUGAACAGCCCCCAAAAGUCUGACCGAGACACCAAAGAGUUGGCCAGCAAAGGUGCAGACAUAAAGUAUGUGGAGUUGGAGCGCCUGACUGGGGGAAUUGUGCACACCAAGUUCUGGGUGGUGGAUGGCAAGCACGUCUACAUUGGCAGCGCCAACAUGGACUGGCGCUCACUGACACAGGUAAAGGAACUGGGUGCUGUGCUCUACAACUGCAGCUGUGUGGCCGGUGACCUGCACCGAAUCUUCGCCAUGUACCAUGCAUUGGGAGGGCAGGGGGCCUCACUCCCGACAGUGUGGCCAGCUUAUGUCUCCGCGAAAUCCAGCCUCAGCCACCCCCUGAAGCUGCAGCUCAAUGGCAGCAGUGCAGAACUGUACCUCUCUAGCUCCCCUCCUGCCCUCUGCUCCACAGGCCGUACCCCAGACCUCACAGCCAUUGUCAGCACCAUCCAGGAUGCCCAGGCCUUUGUCUACAUCUCGGUGAUGGACUAUGUGCCCCAGUGCACCUUCUGUCAGCCCAAGAGGUUCUGGCCAGUCAUUGAUGAUGCACUGCGUGCUGCGGCCUGCAACAGGCACGUGAAGGUGAGGUUGCUUAUCAGCUGCUGGCAGCACUCAGAUCAGUCCAUGUUCCUGUUCCUGGAGUCGCUCAGUGUCCUCAGCCAGGAGCCUCUGGGCUGCCCGAUUGAAGUGAAACUAUUUGUUGUCUCCGCAUCGGUUGAGCAGAAACCCAUUCCCUUCUCCCGUGUCAACCACAACAAGUACAUGGUGACCGACCGCCUGGCCUACAUUGGCACCUCCAACUGGUCUGAGGAUUACUUCACCAACACUGCAGGGGUGGGGCUGAUCGUCAACCAGAGUGAGGCUGCCCCUGGGGUUACCCAGCUCACCUUGCGGGAGCAGCUGGAGGCUGUGUUCCAUCGGGACUGGAGCUCUCCCUACUCACAGCCACUCAGCCCCAAGCCCAGCUGUGCUGCCAAGAACUGAGAGCAGUUAGUUCCCUGCCCGAAUGCUGGGCCAGGCCCAGGACAUUUGCAGCCUCCCUUGGAAAUCCAGCCCCAUGGCAGCUUGCAUCAGACUGCUUCUGCUCUCCCCUGCUCCAGGAGGGAUCCCACUAGCCAAAGAAGGACCAAUGCAGGCAGCAGCAAUGAAACACCCGAGGGGGGCCCUGGAUGCCAGCAUGUGACUUGUCAGCAUUUAGUGCCGUGGCUACGCUCUGAAGCUGGGGGUUUGGGGCCCUGGCACGUGGACAUUAGCUAAAUCUCAGGCAUAGGUGCCAACUUGGUGGGUGCUCUGGGGCUCAAGCACCGACAGGAAAAAAAAAAAGGGGGGGGUGCUGCUAUUGGGUGGGGCCUGUGACUGGCCCCGAAACAGUUAUUUGGCAACUAACGGGAGGCAUUCUGGGGAGGGUAAAGAGGACAAGCAGCAGGCAAGAGGGUUGCGGGGGAGGGGAGGAUUGGAGGCGCAAGCAACAAGAAAAACAACUCAGUGCCUAUGGUCUCAGGGUCUAAAACCCUCUCCCAGAAGGGAUGGGCACCUUCAUGGGGAGAGGAGCUAGCCUUAUAUUUUAUUUGGGAACUGAACUUCUCCAGUUUCAUUACAGGUAUUUGUUUUAGGUGGGUCCCACUUACAGGUGCUGGAUUAGAACCUGGCUUCCUGCACUCAGGGCUGGGGGAGGAAAAUAAGUCUUGGGGAAGUGGCAGAAAGAAAUAGGAACAAAAGUAGUUCAUAGGCUGCAAGCCAGUGCAAAGUGGCACUGCCCCAGGGCUGAAUGGAGGGGCUGGUUGCAGCAGUGCCCCAGGGCCAGAUGUGUCUUGCUGUAUUGCAGGGGCCUGGGCCCUUGUCCUUUGGCCAUGUCAGCUGUGAUGCCAUUUUAGCGGCUGAACUGAUGCAGAUUUGGAGAAUACAGUUUGGUGUGUGGAGAGCGAUACAGCCAGCACCGAGAGCUGGGUGCUACAGCUGUGGCCAUAGGUGCCAGAGGAACAAAGAACCACAGCCACCUAAAAGCACUUAAAUGCAAAAUGUCUGGGUUUAAUCUGUCCCUUGAUCUGUCUUGGUCUCAAAGUGCUAAGGGUUGCAGAUCUCCAAAGGCCUCCCAUCUCUUUGUGAACUGAUAGGCUCACCUCUGGGGCAGGGUGAUUAUGGCUCAGAGACAAUCUUCCAGGAGGUGGGGUAGGGCUCAGAGAGGGUCUCCCCCUCUUUCCAGGAUUGCCGAUCCAUUUAUUGUAUUGCUUACCAUAGAGGAUAUUGCACUAGUUUAGAGAAGUGGCUUAAGGGGCUGAGCGUGUGUGUUUAAUGUGGGGCAGGGUCCAUGUGUGUAUGUGUGGAUCUGAGCACUUGGUGCUCUCAAACCAAGAUGCUAGGUGUGCAUGGGGAAUGGGAAGUGGUGGUGGGGGUUUGCUGGGGGAGGGGCAGGCAACAGAAAGCUGUGACAUACUGUGAGAGGCAGCCCCCUGAAAUCAACUCCCAGGAGCCACAAUCAGGGAGUUGUUGCAGGGGUAUCAUGGCCCCCUUAGUGGGUGAAUUUCAAGGAGUUGAAAGGGGUGGCUCCCUGUGAUUGGGGAUUCAGAGGGAUGAGGUCCUGUGGGUCAAUCCUGGUUGGGGAUGGGGGGUCUCAGACUGGGAUUUGGGGUAGGAAUUACAGGGCUCCCACGAGCUGUGGCGGGGACAGCCCGGGCGGCGCUGGGGGCGGGAGCUGCUGACCCGGGCACGUGGGAAAGGUACGGCUUUUCAGAGUUUAUUUUUGUACCUGACUGCCCAAUAAAACGGGAUUUG